AUGAUAUUUGGGUAUAUGUUCUUCAUUGCAGUGAGAUCUAUAGCAACUACCACUGAUUCGGGUUCUGGGUUUGAUGAGAUGGUCAUUGGACCACAGCGUAAAUAUUACUUCCUAGGCGGCAAAGGAGGUGUUGGAAAAACAAGCUGUGCUGCUUCCCUUGCUGUAAAAUUUGCCGAUCAUGGUCACCCAAUCAUUGUGAUCUCAACUGAUCCUGCUCACUCCUUAAGUGAUUCUUUUUCCCAAGAUUUAACAGGAGGAGUUCUUGUUCCUGUUGAAGGAUUGAAUUCUCUUUUAUUUUCUCUCAAGAUAGACCCUGAGAAAGCUAAGGAGGAUUUCCACUCUGCAAGUCAAAAGAAUGGUGGAAGUGCUGUCAAAGAUUUUAUGGGUAGCAUGGGCCUUGGGAUGCUUGCUGAUCAGUUAGGGGAACUAAAACUAGGAGAGCUGUUGGACCCCCCACAUGGUUUAGAUGAAGCUAUGGCAAUUUCCAAGGUUAUGCAAUCUGUUGAAUCACCGCAAUAUAGUAAAUUUAGUCGGAUAGUGUUUGAUACUGCACCCACGGGGCAUACUCUCCAGCUUUUGUCCCCGCCUGAUUUUUUGGACGCAUCCACAGGCAAAGUAAUGAAGCAAUUAGAGAAAGCAAAGGUAAUGGCAAUAAAUGAGGCUGCAUGCAUCUUUGAGGAAGGAAUGUGUUCCUGUUCAAAGGCUCAUUGUGAAUCAGAUUUUACCUCCCUCCAUAUCCAAUUGCAAAUGUUGCACUACGAAAAGGAAGGACCAGAUGCGCACCCUUGAUAUGAACCAGAUGAUAAUCUGGAACUUGCCAAUAUGAGGAUAAUUCAGGCUCCAUUAGUUGAUUUGGAGAUGAGAGGUAUUCCAGCUCUUAAGUUUACGGGGAAUAUGGUUUGGAGAUUAAUUUUUUGUUUAUACAUACCUGGAUCAUCAUGUAACGAAAUCUUGUUUGUAAAGCUACUUCUCUUUCCCAUUUUGUUUUAUUGGAUUUCAGUCCAAUCCAAUGUUUGAGCCACAACGAAUUUGCCCUAUGAUCAUCCGCUUAGUAGGAGGGGUUACUGCUGCUUCCAUGUACAGGACAAGGGUUUCUUGUCAACCGGAGCAGGCCAUCCUUAUGUGAUUAAUUUUGGGUCUCCAGCUUUUGAAACCUUUCCAGUAGAUGCUCCAAAUUCUGAAGAGUAUUCCAAGGCAAAUGAUUUAGAUAAAGAUUUUCAUAUCCGUCAAUGGAAUUUAUUCCAUUUGAAGGACAAAAAGUUCUUUUUCGUUGU